UUAAAAUUAUAAAAAAUAUACUUUAUUUAAUAAAAAAAAAUAAACAAAAAAAAUAAUUAAACCAUAACAACUAUAAUACAAUUAUAAAUAAUUUAUAAAAUAACUAAAAAAAAUUGACUUAUUUUUUUACUGAAGAAAUAUUAUUUUCACCGGCCUAAUUUGGUCGUAAAUUUUUCUAUAUAAACACCAACAUUCACCAUUUUACUCAUCAAAAUACAAAACUAAAACAACAAAGAAAGCCAAAAACCUAACACACCCAAACAAAGCAAUUAAAAAAACAAUAUGAAGCUAAUUAGUAAUAUUACUACUACUAAUCCAAACAUACUUCUCAUUACAAUUUUCCUUAUCAUCUUAUCCCAAGCUAACUCUGUUCCAAUUCCAAACACAAAACUUUUCACAGAAUACAUAGGAGCAGAAUUCAACAACGUUACAUUCUCAAACGUACCAAUCAAUCCAACCCUCCAAUUUCACUUUCUUCUCUCCUUCGCCAUAGAUUAUGACACGUCAUCAGGCUUAACCCCAACCAAUGGCAAAUUCAACGUCUUUUGGGACUCAAACAAUCUCUCCCCAUCUCAUGUCUCAGCCAUCAAAAAAGCCAAUCCCAACGUCAAAGUAGGCCUAAGCCUCGGCGGAGACACCGUGGGCCACGGUGGCGCUUCGGCCUUCUUCAAGCCAUUCUCUAUUGAUUCUUGGGUGUCCAAUGCAGUCAAAACUCUCACUCAAAUCAUCCAACACUACAACCUCGACGGAAUCGAUAUCGAUUACGAGCAUUUCAGCUCAGACACUCAUACUUUCGCCGAAUGCAUCGGACGCUUAAUAAAGAGUUUGAAGAACAACAAAGUGAUCUCGUUCGCUUCCAUUGCUCCCUAUGAGAAUGACCAAGUACAGAGCCAUUACAAGGCUUUGUGGAAUAAAUAUGGGGAUUUGAUUGACUAUGUGAAUUUCCAAUUCUAUGCUUAUGAUAAGGGAACAACUGUGUCUCAAUUCAUUGAUUAUUUCAAUACUCAAAGCUCUAACUAUCAUGGUGGGAAGGUUUUGGUUAGCUUUACUACCGAAGGCAGAGGAGGUUUGUCACCGGAAAAUGGGUUCUUCAAGGCUUGUAAUGAGUUGAAACAACAAGGAAAACUCCAUGGAAUCUUUAUUUGGUCUGCUGAUGAUUCUAAGAAUAAGAAGAAUGAUUUUCGUUAUGAGAAGAAAUCACAAGCACUUUUGACUAGCUAACUUAGAAAUCAAAAUCUGCUGUCACUAAGUUGGUGUGCUUUUUCUGUUCCCACCAAUAAUAUGAUGUGUCCGAAAAUAAUUGGUGGGACAGAAAGGACGCAACAAUUUAAGGAUAGUAGAUUUUUUUUCGUAAGUUAGAGUCGUCUCUAGCUUUUACGGACUUGAAAUGAAAUUUAAAAAAUGGAUUUUUUUGGAAAAUAAAAUAAAAUUUAAAUUAUUUUUUUAAACAAGGUUUUUAAAAGUUUUUUCUUUUUUUUUGCUAUAUGGACUAAUGUUUAGAAAAAGAAAAAAGACUUGAAGGCUUCUUUGGAUUAAUAAUUAGUAAUAUGUAUAUCUUAUAUUAUUUAUUGAUGAUGUUAAUUUCAUUAUGUAUAGAGGAUAUAUAAUAUAUAUAUCUUGUGUCUUGUUAUUGUAAUGUUAUCAAUUAUUUCUUAUCUCUAAUGUAAAUUUUUAGUACUA